GCCGGGGUCUACCUUCUUCCGGGGCUGAUGUCUCCGCCCACUAACCACAGGAGCUCCGCCCCCACGCCUCGCUGGCGCCUGGGGAUCAGGUGAUCGCCGGCCGGCGCGGUCACGUGGUCGGGGCGCGCCCGCCCGUUGUGGCCAUGGCGGCCGCAGGGUGCUCUGUGGUGAGGCGAGUGGAAGAGCUCGGGGACCUGGCUCAGGCCCAUAUACAGCAGCUAAGUGAAGCCGCCGGUGAAGACGAUCACUUUUUAAUUCGGGCUUCUGCAGCUUUAGAAAAAUUGAAACUCCUGUGUGGAGAAGAAAAAGAAUGUUCUAAUCCAUCAAAUCUUCUGGAACUUUACACACAGGCUAUUUUGGACAUGACGUAUUUUGAGGAGAAUAAGUUAGUAGAUGAAGAUUUUCCAGAGGACUUUUCUGCGCAGAAAGUAAAAGAACUGAUCCGUUUUCUUUCAGAACCAGAAGUUUUGGUUAAAGAAAAUAAUAUGUAUCCAAAACACAGCGACUUGCUGGGGGAUGAGCUGCUGGAAUGCCUUUCCUGGAGACGGGGAGCUCUGCUGUAUAUGUAUUGUCAUUCUCUGACCAAAAGGAGAGAAUGGCUCUUGAGAAAAUCUGCCCUGCUGAAAAAGUAUCUUGUUGAUGGAAUCGGCUACUUGCUACAGAUGCUAAAUUAUCGCUGUCCUGUCCAGUUAAAUGACGGAGUUGCUUUCCAAGACCUAGACACAGCCAAGUUACUGAGCGCAGGAAUAUUUAGUGACAUCCAUCUGCUGGCUAUGAUGUACAGUGGAGAAAUGUGUUACUGGGGAUUGAAGCAUUGUGCAGAGCAACAGGCAGAACAUGGUGACGAGGAUCCUGCUGCUGCUGGCGCAAGCUGCACUGCACACAACGAACCUUUAGAUUUCCGAGAAGUUGGAGAAAAAAUUUUGAGAAAGUAUGUGUCUGUGUGUGAAGGACCCCUGAAAGAACAAGAGUGGAAUACAACGAAUGCAAAACAAAUUUUAAACUUCUUUCAGCACCAUUGUAACCAGUAAGUUCAUCUGAUUUUCUUCAGCCAGGAAAAUAAACAAGAAGAUCUUUGUAAUGCAAAAGAAAGCUCCAGAAGAGAAGACCUCCUGACAGUGAAUUGAGAACCGUCCACUGCGUAAAGACAUCCAACAUGGGCACUCCUUUCAGUGCCGUAACCAUCUUUCCUUAUGUGUUCUUAAAUCCAUGGAGGAAUGAUAGUUUGGUUUCUGAAAUGGCAUGCUUGUUAACUCAGCUUGAACUACACAUGUCCUGUCACUAAUUCAACACUGCCCAGUUUUUUCCCUUAAUUUUUAUUGUGACUUGAAAUAUAUUUAACUUGAUGUUACCAUUUGAAUAAUCUUAAGAUAAUCUUUCAGUCUCCCUAUUUGAAGUUUGCUUUAGAGAUCAAAAUCAAGUUAUCUCAGUACUUUGAAUACAUACUGUAGAUAGAAAUGUAGCAAAA